CAAUGAUUUACUUAGUGCAGGAACGAGUACUACAUGAACUCACUGUCACGAGACAGGCACUUCCAUCUGCAAGACAGAUCAGACGCUCUUGUAGGAACAGUCAGCACGAAAAUGUCGUCUCCGGCCUCGUCAGCCGUUUCCGGCGUGAUUCGGCUGGUUCCCGCGCGCGAAGGCGGUUUUGGAUGCGAAAAGCACCAGCGGGGGUUCCUCGAAGAGGAGGACCCUUUUUUUGUGGACUUCUGCUCCAAUGAUGUCGCGGACGAGCACUACGACCCGCCGACGAGUUCUGGAAGCAAGCCAACACUUCUACCACCAGACGAGCACUACGACCCGCCGACGAGUUCUGGAAGCAAGCAAAUACUACCACCAGCAGCGACUUCCUGCCCACAAAUUCUGCAAGGCACAACAACUGUGUCAGCGGAAGAUACUACAUCAAGUUCUUUCUCUCAUCAAACACAGGUCUCGAAGGAUCAAACUGCCGGCGUUUAUUCUCUGACCUCGAGCUGCGGUGCAUCGACAUCACACUCCACUGCUAUAGUAGGUGGACCAAAUAUUAACCUCAUCUCGCGCCGUACGACAGAUCCCAUCAAGAGCACAAGUCAUGGAGCCCCCACCAGCUCCAGCUGCGCCAGCGGUUCCUCAGCAGCGUGCAACCGCGGAGGGCGUGCUGCCGCGGCCCCAGCGGUUUUUGACGGCGACACUACAAUGUCCAGGCGUGUGGAGCAGCUGCUGGCCGGAGAUCGCGAGGCCAACGUGCGGAAGACGCGGACUAGUAGCGCGUCCGCGUUGCUAUCCGGUCUUUUUAGCCGCGGCACGUCGCCACCUCCACCAGCUGCUAGUUUCCUGGACGAUCGGCGAGGGGGCAAGAAUGUGGAUCAUGACCCGCACGACAGGACGGCAAAACAUUUGUCGGGAGAUGAAGAUGCUCAUCAGGGGGGACGUGCUGUAGCUCUCACUGGCCCUCUCUUCGACGUUGGUCGUGAGGUCAUCGGCAAGGUGCUCGGCCGGUCUACGGCCCCAACGCUGUUGGCCGAUGUGGACGAUGACCCAAGAAAUUGCCGCAGUAAUAACUACACGAGGCACGGAUGGGGUGCGAAUAGUACGUCUCGCAUGAAAACUAGCCAAUCGUGCUCUACGGAGACUUGGACCGCUGAGGCCGUGCCUAGCUUGAAAAAACCCGAACUUGAACGAGCAUGGCAACACCAAGACUCCGAACACAUCACAAGAAGCCUGCAGCUCAAUGUAAAUGGUAAUGGAGUUGCCUCCGACGAGCAGCGAGGAGGAAGGUCCGAUAGUGUCGGUCAGCGCGAUCAUGUGACUGUUGGUCGACGGACAUCAAAAACAGCGGAUACAAUCGAAGAUGCGGAUGUGCACAAUACCUCCUACCGGUCAGAGCACAUGGGCGACAAAUCAACCGAGUUGGAAAUAAAUGACGAUGGCGACGAUGCCGAGCCGUCCUUUUUUGCGACGCGUGCUGCUUUGCGACGACUUCACGAGGGUCUGCCCGUACCCAUGGGCUUAACGCAGAGCAUCUUCGGUACAGAGAAUGUAGCACGUGAGUGCAACUUCUGUCCUUACGUCUGAUACUUAGUUCAUCGAUACUUAGUAAUCAGUUCAAGCGUCUUCGAACCAUUCAUGAGAAACUGUGACUGCUGCUUUUCCAGGUUCAAGUCCCAUCACGGUCCCGGCUGCGCCGGCUAUAUCAGCUGCACCAACACGACCGCAAGUGGCAAACUGGAUGCCUUCACCGUGCAAGCAAGUCAACGUCUCCUCCUUCACGCCAAAAGGAAACGAACAACCGCACGCGGGCUUUCCACCGCGUUCGCUUGGUAACGAAACUAGAGUGGUUUUAUGCACCCGGAAGUCGGCGACUUCCGGUUUUCUUCAUAUAUACUGUUUAUUGAGUCAGCGCUGCGAGUCGAGUUCACGUGUGAAUCCCAGAACGAAUACUAGCCUUGUCGCUAAUUUGCCACCAAUACUGUAUCAGGUCUUUUGGCAACAUCGCCACGGAUGCUGAGUCCGGUCUGCCAGCGAGGCUUUGGCGCGACUUCUCCGCUCGCGAGGAAGCCUGUAGCUAAAUCUUCGUCGCUUCUAGCAGGACCAGCUGCGUCGACUACCGGUAGUACUGGGUUGUUGUCGCAAGCUGCCAAAAAACUGGGAUCCUCCUACCCGCCGCGCGGGCCCACGAAGAAAAAGCCAGGCUCUUGUCCGUCAUCCACCGCAGGCAAGGCGUCCGGUUCCGGCAGUCACAAUAGCCGGAAGGGGCCAGUAGCUGCCCUGCAUUCUCGCACGAGCAUGCAUUCUGGCACUGACGAGGGGUGCUCUUCUACGCAUGAGCGGUCGGGUACUCGUUUCCACGGAACCUCAAAUCAUGGGGUUUCCCGCCGCGGUGACGCCAGUGCCGAUUGUAACCGGACCGAGGAACAAGGGGAAGGAGCGCUGCGUCAACGGCACCGUGGCGAUUCUUCCAAAUGCAGUUCUAACAGUUCGAAGACGACAUUGGAUCUCCAGGAUUUCGACGAUACAACCGAUGUGCCGUGUUCCAACUCCUCGCCAGACGCGGCUGCGCUGCUGUACGCACCGCUCGGCCGCCACAGUCGCAACGGUCACGGAGAAGUCGUGGCUGACACGACAGUUGCAUGCGACAUGGGCCAAAGUCGAGCCGCGGUUGGCCAACGGCGUUCAGCAGGAGGUGAGGAGGGCUCAUCUAUGAUGUCGCCACACUCGAGACCGACCUGCUUUAAUACUGGCACUACUGCAAGAACAAUGCCUCGCUCGGGUGGCUCAGCCACUAGUGCGCACCAGCGUCCUCCUACGAACGAACAUCGCGAAUCAUAUCCGAACCAGCGGCAAUUUAAGCGCACGGCAAGCUUUCAGCAGGCGGGCUUGCACAAGCACUACGGAGGUGCCGGAUAUGCCUACAAGUCACCGGAGUACAAUAGCGGCUCGGCCGCACGCAGCACCGAGAAAAAGUCACCGCACACCCAGUCUGCGAAGAAGAGUGGCUCGGAUAGGCUGACUGCAAACAGCCGGUCUGGUGCAGCGGUAUCACUGACGGCCCUGGUCCCACCGGCGUCAUCGAGGAGCGGGAUCGCGGGUGCGAGUCGUCACAACUUCACCGCAAACUCGUCCCGCUACCCCCAGCUUCACCUAAGUCGAAAACCGAGCAGACCCGGCGGAAAAGGAGGUGCGCAAUCGAGGACUGCAGAGUCAGAUGUCGCAGCAGGACCCCAUCCCGAUGAACACACUGGCACGUCGGCGCAAUCUGCCAGACCACCUAGUACUGAAGAGCGAAGUGAGCUGCAUCCAGCUCAAUCACAUUCAUCGGACGCAUCCUGCACAAAAACAGACAUUAAGAACAUUCUGGUCGACGAGGUCGGGGGUGUCACGGAAUGCGACUCCCAAGAAAAACUAGAGCAUCAAAAAAUGCUCAAUCAUGUUGAGAGCGACCCCAUUGCCCCGUCCGCCCCACAUCUUGACACGAUUGCCGCCCCUCAUGCUCAUCUCUUCUCCCGGGAAGGCGUUAGGAAGUGUGCUGUGGACGACACUACACGGGCUUCCCCGAGUGGCAGGUGCGACGGCAUUGGCGCCUCACCCCUGUCCCACAGAAAAUCGGGCCGUAAAAUAGUCGCGCACGAGACGUCCACAAGCUUUGCUGACGUAGAAGUUUUCGACGAGAGCACCCUGGUCUACGCGCCGAAAGCUUCCCCACGGGACACCCUGAUGAUGAAGACACCGAAGCAAGCUGUCGUCGCGCAGAUAGACCAGACGGACGGGCACGAAGUGCUCCUCUCGCCCGUAGUUGCGCACGAUCCAGCACGAACUACAUUCGCGAGUGCGAAGCUCCGCGAGGACAACGCCGCCCGGACACCUGCCCGAACUGCUCCUGUAGGUGGUGCGACCACUAUCACGCCGACAAGGUUGCAUAAUCCCCUUUCCAUCGUUGAUCAACCGGCGCUGCUGCCGUGCGAGGACAAGAUGCGAGCGAAUGCAAGCGAGUGUAGUUUGUUUCAGCAUCAACGAGCCAAGUUGUUCGACGAACACGUGUGUGGAAGCACCGGCCGGCUCUUUUCCAGUGAUGAUUUGAUUGACGAAAGUAGCGGAAGUGUAGACGACGAGGGUAGAAGUUUCCCCACGCCACCCUCGGUUGAGGACGGCAACGACGAGGAUGUUGAAGAGGACUACGAGCACGUGGCAAUGGAAAGUAGUGAAGCUGCCACGGGGAACAAGAACAACAGCAACCCGCGUCCACCAGAGCAAGUUCAGCAACAGCAUGCCGGAACGAAAACGGUUCUUGCGGGCGGAGAUAAAAAUAUGGAAGCUGCGGCUAGCCGCCCCGACGAGGACACGAUGGACGUUCAGGUAGUGAACACGUUUCACCUCAGCGAGUCUUCUGAGAGUAACUUGUCCAGCCCGCUUCUUUGCGAAGUCGACACGGAUGAAGCCACCUUGGACGCCGGUGCGGAGCCCAAGAACCUCGCAGCGCAAAUCGAAGACCUCGUCGUGCGGGAGCAUGGUGAAGCAGCGCGGGCGGUGGUCCGCAGUACCCUGAAGACGCUGCAGCGGGUAAUGGAUCCGAACGAACUCUUGUAAACGUCGACGUCCGAGGACAGUAACUCCAGUGAAAGAAUUCAUCGACAAGCGACGUGCUAGCUAGUGAUACCGUUGCAGCGAGCGUCAUUCAUUGCCUCUUCCAAUUUCACUGGUGGUUGGUGUUUUCAUUCAUGAUUUACCUGAAGACGCGGCGUCGCCCGAGGAAGUCGGUGUUAUUAGACACGGUUUUGCAGAACGUUGACGAAGGCUAACAGCAAUGCGAAAGUUUACUUACUUCGCACUGAACAUUAGGUUGGCGCUGUACAAGCUCGAGAAUUGCUGUUAUGCCCUUUACUACACUAAUCAGUCAAUCUUGCGGGCAGUGAAACAAAGUUCUGAACAAAUGGAUGCUCCUCCUCUACUACGUCUACUUCUAAAAAGCUUCGUAGUAGCAACCCAAGUAUUAAGUGCCAGCUUGUAUUUUCCACUUUUAGUUCUUGUGUGCGCGGCACACUGAUAAUCUACUACCAGUGUUUGCACUGGCUAUACCACGAUUCUAUGCCGCUGAUAUGCAAAGGCAAGGACAAAGACAACGAUAGAGUGCCCUCCUCAGCGUCAGCACUCACAGUUCGUUGAUACAGCAACGCGACUUUC